ACAAAUCACGCCAAAAUGGAAUUUCAAUGCCCAAACCCCCCAAAAACCUUUUUUUUGAUAAACCAAGAACUUUUGUUGCUUGAACGUUAAACCCAGAUUUCUUUUCCCUCAACUUUCUCUGGCCAUCGAUUGGAUUCCACAAAGAUGAGGAUAGCAGUAGAAGGUUGUAUGCAUGGCGACCUCGACACCGUCUAUAAAACCCUACAGUACGCAGAAAAGAAACACGGCUUCAAAAUAGACCUCCUCCUCUGCUGCGGCGACUUUCAGGCUGUGAGGAAUGAAGAGGAUCUUGAGAGCCUAAACGUGCCGAGAAAGUACCGUUCCAUGAACUCGUUCUGGAAGUACUAUUCGGGUGAAGAGCUCGCUCCGUAUCCUACUAUCUUCAUCGGCGGAAACCACGAGGCGUCCAAUUACUUGUGGGAAUUGUACUAUGGAGGAUGGGCAGCGCCCAAUAUAUAUUUUUUGGGAUUUGCUGGGGUGGUCAAGUUCGGGAACAUUCGUAUUGGUGGACUUUCUGGAAUUUACAACUCACGCAAUUAUUAUUUAGGACACCAUGAAAGGCCUCCUUAUAAUGAGAGUACAAUCAGAUCUGUGUAUCAUGUUCGUGAAUACGAUGUCCAAAAACUCAUGCAAGUUGAGGAACCGAUUGAUAUUUUUCUUUCACAUGAUUGGCCUCUUGGCAUCACUGAUUAUGGGAAGUGGGAGGAGCUUGUUCGACGCAAACCAUAUUUCAAGAAGGAGAUCCAAGAAAGGACUCUUGGAAGUGCAGCAGCUGCUCAACUUCUUGAAAAAUUGAAACCACCUUAUUGGUUUUCAGCUCAUCUACACUGCAAAUUUGCUGCUCUUGUUCAGCAUGGGGAAGGUGGCCCACUGACAAAAUUUCUUGCACUUGAUAAAUGUCUUCCUGGGCGCCCAUUUUUACAGAUACUUGAACUUGAAUCAGAGCCUGGACCCUAUGAGAUCCGGUAUGAUGAAGAAUGGCUAGCAAUAACGAGGAGGCUUAACUCUAUCUUUCCUUUGACCAGAAAACGUGCAAAUUUUGGGACUGUUGAUCUUCUAAAGGAAGACUGUCAUCAAUGGGUCGGGAGCAGGCUACAAGAAAGAGGGGCCAAUCCUUUUGAGUUUGUUCGAACAGUUCCAUGUUACAAUCCCUCUCAAUCUGGUUCCAGUGGUUCCUUUUCUGGAUACCCCAGGAAUCCUCAAACAGAGUCUUUCUUGCAGUUUCUAGAACUUCCUUAUCUUCUUGAUAACAUGUCAGAACCCAAGGACCUAUCCUACAGUCCUGCUUCCUUGCUUCAAAGCGGUUCGUUUGAUGACAACAGUGAAGCCAUUCCCAUUGAUGAUGUAGAUGAACUGGAAGAACUUGCAGAAGAAGUUGAUGAUGAGGAAACCAUGUUUUCUAAUAAGAAGAAAGAGUCUGAAAUAUCACGCGUUUACAAUUACUUAUUGUCUACUUCGACUCCCAGAAAAGCGAGGACCCUUAUGGAGAGAAGACCGGUUGUUUUUUCUGUGCUACUCUUCAUUGUUGUUCUGCACUCAGUUGCUGCUUCCCCUUCUUCUUCUUCUUCUUCUGCCAAUCUCUCAUUUAACUUCUAUGCAGCUUCAUGUCCUUCAGCUGAGUUUAUGGUCAGAAACACAGUGAGAUCAGCUUCUUCUGUCGACCCAACUAUCCCUGGGAAACUCCUUCGCUUGCUGUUCCACGAUUGCUUCGUGGAGGGUUGUGAUGCAUCUGUGCUGUUGCAAGGAAACGGGACAGAGCAAAGUGAUCCAGCAAACAGAUCUCUCGGAGGAUUUUCUGUAAUAGAUUCGGCUAAAAGAGUGCUCGAAAUCUUCUGUCCAGGAACUGUUUCUUGCGCUGAUAUUGUUGCUUUGGCUGCUAGAGAUGCUGUUGAGAUGGCUGGCGGACCAGCAAUUCAGAUUCCAACAGGUAGGAGAGAUGGGAUGGUUUCAGCAGCUUCAAACGUCAGGUCCAAUAUUGUUGACACGAGUUUUUCUGUGGAUGAGAUGAUAAAGCUCUUCUCUUCUAAAGGGAUGUCCUUAAAUGACCUUGUCACCCUUUCAGGAGCUCACACCAUUGGAACAGCUCAUUGCAGUGCAUUCAGUGAUCGAUUUCAAAAGGAUUCCAAAGGGAAGCUCACACUCAUUGACACAUCCCUUAACAGUACUUAUGCAGAUGAGCUAAUCAAACAAUGCCCUGCAGAUUCGAGCCCCUCUGUACUCGUUAAUAAUGAUCCCGAUACAUCCUUCAUGUUUGACAACCAGUACUACCGAAAUCUUUUAUCCCAUAGAGGGCUAUUCCAAUCAGAUUCUGUUCUCUUCAACGAUGAAAGAACCAGGAAACAAGUAGAGGAUUUUGCAAAUGACCAAGUUGGUUUUUUCGAGAGUUGGGGUCAGUCAUUUUUUAAGCUUACUAUCACUGGAGUGAAAACAGGGGACGAAGGUGAAAUUCGAAGAUCUUGUUCAGCAACAAACAUGUAAAGACAUGGAUAAUUUGUUUAAUUAGCAAGACGUCUUGUUUUGAGUUUUGAGUUGUAAGUCCUCUUGUUGAUCAUGUUCGUGUGUUUCUGCUUGAAUUUCUUCUUGCUGUGUUUGGGAAGACAACAGCACAGGUGAGCCUCGUUUUUAAGAGAAGUGUGGAGAGACUGAAUAUUGUCGGUCCUAUCUAUGCUUUGUAAUUGUAUAAGUAAUAUCGCUUUUUUUUU